ACUUCCCUCAUAGGUCACACACAGAUGAGUGGGGAGUUUCAUUGAAUUGAGUCGAGUUUUAUACUUUUAUUUGAAUUACAGUUUCACAAUACAGUCAUUCCUUUCUAGUUUACACGAUGAUACGAACACUGUGUAGCAGCGGCAGGGCUCUUCUCCAGCAAAGCAGACGAACAGCGCCGAGAUUGUGGGUGUCCCCAGUUCAGCAGCGAUGGGCGUCAAGUCUGCCUAUGAACACGGUGGUCCUGUUUGUACCCCAGCAGGAAGCGUGGGUGGUAGAGAGAAUGGGUCGCUUCCAUCGCAUCCUGGAGCCGGGGUUAAAUUUCCUCAUACCAGUACUUGACCGAGUCCGCUAUGUGCAAAGUCUCAAAGAAAUUGUCAUCGAUGUCCCCGAGCAGUCUGCAGUAUCUUUAGAUAAUGUAACUCUACAGAUUGAUGGAGUUCUGUAUUUAAGGAUCCUGGAUCCUUUCAAAGCUAGUUAUGGUGUUGAGGAUCCUGAAUAUGCUGUCACACAGCUAGCACAGACCACCAUGCGUUCAGAACUGGGCAAACUCACACUGGACAAAGUGUUCAGGGAAAGAGAGUCCCUUAACGCAAACAUUGUACACUCCAUCAACCAAGCUUCAGACGAGUGGGGAAUCCGUUGCCUGCGUUAUGAAAUUAAAGACAUACACGUUCCACCUCGUGUGAAGGAAUCCAUGCAAAUGCAGGUGGAGGCUGAACGUAAGAAGAGAGCCACGGUCCUGGAGUCUGAAGGGACAAGGGAAUCAGCCAUUAAUGUUGCAGAAGGACAUAAACAAUCUCAAAUUCUGGCCUCAGAGGGUGAAAAGGCACAGCAGAUCAAUCAAGCGGCCGGUGAAUCCCAAGCAAUCUUAGCCAAAGCUGAGGCCAAAGCCAAGGCCAUCCGUGUACUAUCUGAUGCCUUAGCUGAGCAGAAUGGAAAUGCGGCAGCCUCACUUAGCGUGGCUGAGCAGUAUGUGUCUGCGUUUUCCAAACUUGCCAAAGAGUCCAACACUGUCCUCCUUCCGUCAAAUACCGGGGACAUUAGCAGCAUGGUUACACAGGCCAUGACAAUUUACGGUACAUUAGCAAAGGCAAGUCCAAAGAUCCCACCGGGGGAGGUGGAGAAGAGUGAAGAUGUUUUGAAUCAACCAGAAUCCAAAUAGCACAGGACAUAACCAAUAAACUCAAAACAACACAAAGCUGCAUCAGAGGAACCAUGAUGCCAACGGAUGGCCAUUGAAGUGUUGUACUCGCAAGUAAGAUUACAAACUAUUUGGAUGUCUUGGCUGGAGUUGCGGGAGUGGAAUGUUAACGGAUUCCUGUUUGCCAGUCGCUAACUGUCACAUCAGCAAUUGUUCUGAUUACAGUGACUUUUGGAUGCUGCUCAUGUUUAUGAUUUACUAUGGAUCCCAUCUUCAUUUUCUGGAAAUUGUGCUUUCUCUAGUAAUAAUUUUUAAGUUUCUUUGGUUCUUCAGUGUCAAAAGGUGAUUUGGUAAAGCUUUGAUUCACUUCUUCACAGAAAUAUAAGUAAAGGCGGCAAUUUUUCAAUUUCCUAGUUGAGUUGCAACAUGUCUGGAUGUCUUGGAAUGUUCCUGUGUGUAGUAAAUUCAGUGUGUCGUAUUAAAAUAAGCACUAAAAUAAAUUCAAACCAGUUAAAGAUUUGUAUUCAUUAGUACUUUCACUUUGUUCUGUAGUCAGUAAAUAAAUACUGUGCCCAAACUUCAAGU